CAAAAUGAGGAUUAGCAAAGCCGCCUUUCUCUUUCUUUUCUUGCUCAGCUCAGGUAAGAGUCCUUUGCCUUCCCCUUGCCUAGGUGAGGUGGGGGCCGAACGCUCGCAAGCUCCGUUUGGUGAAGUGAAAGGAGAUAUACUGGACGACUAUUUAAGAACAGAUGGUGUUUGGAUACUUACUCGAAACAAACAGUUUUACAAGGCAAAUAAUGAAAAGGAAUGUGCAGAGAAAUGUGAAGCUGAAAGAAAUUUUAUUUGCAGGGCCUUCUUAUUCACCAGGAAAAUCCUACAGUGUUUGACACUGGCUGAAAAUGCCAAAAUGACAGUGAUGUUCAAGAGCACGGAUGCAGUUCUUUAUGAGAAGAAAAUUUACCUUCUAGAAUGUAAAAGAGGGAUUGGGAAGGACUACAGAGGAAUGGAAGCCAAGACUCGGAGAGGUAUUCCAUGCCAGAAGUGGGCAGAAAAAAGACCCCACAACCCAAAUUAUACACCUGAAAAACACCCGAAUGCAGGGUUGGAUGAAAACUACUGCAGAAAUCCUGAUGAGGAUGAAAGUGGACCCUGGUGUUACACAACAGAUCCUGCUACCAGAUUUGAUUACUGUAACAUCCCAGAGUGUGAGGGCCAGGUCACGCACACUGGAGAAGGCCCUACAGGGGAGUGCAUGCAGUGUAAUGGUGAAGACUACCAUGGAGAAGUUUCCAGAACAGAGUCUGGGCUUGAGUGCCAGCGCUGGGAUGCCCAAGAACCUCAUAUGCAUGGAUUUACCCUGAAACACUUUCCAGAGAAGGAUCUGAAGAUGAAUUAUUGCCGUAAUCCUGAUGGUGAACUUCGACCCUGGUGUUUCACUACCAGCCCUACUAAACGCUGGGAAUAUUGCAACAUUCCUCGUUGCACUACACACCAAGCAGUCUCUGCCCAGGGCUCCCAGUGUCUUUCAGGGAAAGGAGAAGGCUAUCGAGGCAGGAUAGCCAUCACCGAAUCAGGAAAUGCCUGCCAACACUGGAACACACAGUUUCCUCACAAACAUGGCUGGAGACCUGACAGAUAUCCCUGCAAGGGCUUGGAGGAAAACUACUGUAGAAACCCUGAUGGAGAGAAGAGGCCUUGGUGCUACACCAUCAACAGCAGGGUUCGGUGGGAAUAUUGUGCAAUUCCCCACUGUGAUGGGACAGAACUAGAGAUUGCUGAUGUGCCUGUGCAGGUUCCCUUGUCAGAGGAGUGCUAUCGAGGCAAAGGCCAGAGUUAUCGUGGCACAACUUCUACCACCGUAUCGGGAAAGAAAUGCCAGGCCUGGAACUCCAUGUUCCCACACCGGCAUGAAAAAACCCCAGACAGGUUCCCAAAUGCGGAUUUGAGGGAAAACUAUUGUAGAAACCCAGAUGGAGAUAACAGCCCAUGGUGUUUCACCACUGACCCCAGCAUGACUUGGGAGUACUGCAAUCUCAAGAGGUGUGAUGAUCAUACACAAGAGCCCGCACCAAAUGACCCCCCUGCAAGGGUGGCACAAAAUGUUGGCCUGACUACACCCACCACAUCUGACUGUAUUAACGGUAACGGUAAAGACUAUCGUGGCACAGUGGCAAAAACUGCAAGGGGCAGGACUUGUCAAGAGUGGAGUUCCCAGAAACCUCAUAGCCACAAAUAUUUCACUCCUGUGACUCAUCCAAGAGCAGGCCUGGAUAAAAAUUAUUGCAGGAAUCCUGAUGGAGAUGUAAAUGGUGUUUGGUGCUUCACAACAGACCCGGAAAAAAAAUGGGAGUACUGUGAAAUCCCACGCUGCUCUUCUUCUGAACAUGACUGUGGAAAAGUCCCAAUGAGGAGUGAGCGAGCUUGUGAGCAAUAUAGCAUGUGUGACGCAUCUCCAGGGUCUUGGCCUUGGCACGUCAGUCUCAGGACGAGUACCAAUGUGCACCAUUGUGCUGGCACUCUGAUACAUCCACAGUGGGUCCUUACCGCAGCUCAGUGCUUGCAAGAGUCAACUGAGCCUUCUUCCUACAGGGUGUUUCUUGGGAUACAGAAUCUCAAUGCAGCAGAGUCAUCUCUGCAAAUCCAAAGUGUUCAGAAAGUAUUAAAGGAACCAAGUGGAGCAGACAUUGCUUUGCUGAAGUUGAACAGUCCUGUAACAAUUACUGACCACGUAAAACCAGUUUGUUUGCCUGAAACCAGUCUGAUGGUAGAAAGAAACGCAGUAUGUUUUCUAACUGCCUGGGGAAAAAUAAGAGGUACCGAUACAGACAACAGAUUAAAAGAUGUUGAAUUCCCCCUGCUUGAAAACAGAAUAUGUAAUCGCCCUGAAUUUCUGAAUGGAAGUGUCAAAAAUCAUGAAUUUUGUGGUGGAUUUACUUUUGGAAGCAUAGGUAACUGCCAGGCUGAAGUCGGAGGACCUCUGGUUUGCCAAGAUAAGGACAGAUUUGUCCAAUAUGGGGUCACCUCUUGGGGACUGGACUGUACCCAGCCAUCAAAGCCUGUUUUUGUCCGAAUUCCUAGUUUUGUUUCUUGGAUCAAGAAUACAAUGGUUGCCCCACCCGCCAGCUGGGCCAAAAUGAGGAUUAGCAAAGCCGCCUUUCUCUUUCUUUUCUUGCUCAGCUCAGGUAAGAGUCCUUUGCCUUCCCCUUGCCUAGGUGAGGUGGGGGCCGAACGCUCGCAAGCUCCGUUUGGUGAAGUACAAGGAAGCGCACUAGACAGCUAUGUGAGAACAGAGGGAGCUUGGCUGCUCAACCCGAAGGCGCAAACAUAUAGGACAAAUAGUCAAGAAGAAUGUGCAGAGCGAUGUGAAGCUGAAAAUAGGUUUACUUGCAGGGCCUUCUUAUUCACCAGCAAAGACCAACAGUGUUUAACAUUGGCUGAGAAUACCAAAACAGCAGUGAUCUUCAGAAGAACAAAUGCAGUUCUUUAUGAAAAAAGAAUCUAUCUUCUAGAAUGCAAACAGGGAAAAGGGGUGGAUUACAGAGGAACAGAAGCCAAAACUCAGAAAGGUGUGCCAUGCCAGAAGUGGGCUGAUAAUACCCCCCAUAAACCAAAUUACACACCUGAAAAAUAUCCCAAUGCGGGACUGGAAGAAAAUUACUGCAGAAAUCCUGAUAAUGAUGAAAAAGGACCCUGGUGUUACACAACAGAUCCUGAUACCAGAUUUGAUUACUGUAACAUCCCGGAGUGUGAAGUGGAGUGCAUGCACUGCAGUGGAGAAAACUACCACGGAGUAGUUGCAACAACAGCAUCUGGGCUUGAGUGCCAGCGCUGGGACUCCCAGCAACCUCACUCUCAUGGAUACCUCCCAGAAAAUUUUCCUGAGAAGGAUCUGAAGAUGAAUUAUUGCCGUAAUCCCGAUGGUGAACCUCGACCUUGGUGUUUCACUACCAGCCCAACUAAACGCUGGGAAUAUUGUGACAUUCCUCGUUGCACAACACCCCCACCAGUUCCUGCACCAGGGCGUCAGUGUCUAUCAGGAAGAGGAGACGACUAUCGAGGCACAAUAUCUGUUACUGAAUCAGGAAAUACCUGUCAGCGCUGGAGUUCUCAAUCUCCCCAUAGACAUGCUCGCACUCCUGAAAACUAUCCCUGCAAGAACCUAGAGGAAAACUACUGUAGAAAUCCCGAUGGUGAGAAGAUGCCAUGGUGUUACACCACCAACAGAACUGCCCGGUGGGAAUAUUGCACUAUCCCUUCCUGUGAUGGGACAGAACCAGAGACCCCGGCUGUUGAUGUGCCUGAGCAGGCUCAAAUUACUGAGGAGUGCUAUCAAGACAAUGGUGUGACUUACCGUGGCACAGCUUCUUUCACUCUCACGGGAAAGAAAUGUCAAGCCUGGAGCUCAAUGUCACCGCACCGACACAAUAAAACCGCAGACCAGUUCCCAAAUGCGGACCUGAGGCAGAAUUAUUGCAGAAACCCAGAUGCUGAUAGCCGCCCAUGGUGCUACACCACCGACCCCAGUGUGAGAUGGGAGUAUUGUGACCUGAAGAGAUGUGAUGGCCACAUACAAGUGACUUUACCAAAACCUCCUCAGACAACACAGGAAUCAAAUCCUGAUUGCAUUCAUGAUAAUGGUAAAGAUUAUCGUGGCACAGUGGCAAAAACUGCAAGGGGCAGGACUUGUCAAGAGUGGAGUUCCCAGAAACCUCAUAGCCACGACUAUUUCACUCCUGGGACUCAUCCAGAAGCAGGCCUGGAUAAAAACUAUUGCAGGAAUCCUGAUGGAGAUGUGAAUGGACCUUGGUGCUACACAACAGACCCAAGAAAAGCCUGGGAAUACUGUGACAUUCCCAAGUGCCCUCCUGCUCAGUAUGAGUGUGGAAAAUCCAAGUUCAGACCAAAGUUGUGUGCUCAAAGGAUUGUUGCUGGGUGUAUUUCGCAUCCACACUCCUGGCCCUGGCAAAUCAGUCUCCGGACAAGUUUUGGCCUGCAUUUCUGUGGGGGAACUCUGAUAGACCCUCAGUGGGUUCUUACUGCUGCUCACUGCCUAGAAAAGUCCUCACGGCCAUCUGCCUAUAAAGUAUACCUUGGAUUACACAAAGAAAGAGCAUCAGAGCCAUCAGUGCAAAAACGAGAUGUUGAGAAAUUGUUCAAGGAGCCACACAGGGCGGACAUUGCUCUGCUAAAACUGAGCAGGCCAGCAAUCAUCAACAAUCAUGUAAUCCCAGUUUGUUUGCCAAAAGAAAAUGCUGUGUUAGGAGGAAGAGAGGAGUGCUAUGUGACAGGCUGGGGGGAUACAAGAGGAACUGGUGGUGAUGGAUACUUAAAGGAAACUGGUUUCCCGGUCAUCGAGAAUAAAAUAUGCAACCGCCCUGAAUUUUUAAAUGGUAGAGUCAAAAAACACGAGCUCUGUGCCGGGAACAUUCAUGGUGGCACAGAUAGCUGCCAGGGGGACAGUGGAGGACCACUCGUCUGUCUGGACCAAGAUAAAUUUGUCCAACAUGGAGUCACUUCUUGGGGCCUUGGCUGUGCCCAACCCAUGAAACCUGGUGUUUACGUUCGAGUUUCCAAUUAUAUUCCUUGGAUUAAGACUAUAAUGGAAAACUACUGAUCCUGGGUAUGGACUGUCCUCUCCUGGAAAGCAGUAUGCACGUUAGAAUACAAGAUUCCAAGUGCAAUAUUAAAGCUACAAUCAUUCAUAAGAAAGUAAAAUAAAUAUGAUCAUCUGUUUUAAAUCGCUAUAAAUUAACAGUUAAUGCCAAGAAACCCAA